CUGAGGAACUGUGCAACGCUGUACUCACUAGCUUAAAAUUGACACGCUUGUAUGCUCCUCUCCUCCAUCCUAAGGCGGAAACCUCCUCUCGCGGCCUCCUUCCGGAAAUUUAGUACAUCAGCCAAAAUGUCAUUGAAGGCUCUCUCCUCCAAAGAUGCCGCCUCUCUGGACAAGGAUCUCAUGGAGACCGGCGGGUUCUCUCUAGAUCAACUCAUGGAGCUCGCGGGGUUAUCAGUCUCUCAAGCAGUAUACCGCAUCCAUCCCCCGAGCGCAGGAAAGAGCAUUCUCGUCAUUUGCGGUCCCGGGAAUAAUGGCGGCGACGGCCUCGUAGCCGCGCGCCACCUCGCGCAUUUCGGCUACAACCCAACAAUCUACUACCCCAAGGAAGGGAAAAACGAGCUCUACCAGCGCCUCAAAACCCAACUCCGCAACCUCUCCAUCCCGAUCCUGAACGACACGCACGACCUGCCGGAAGCCAUCAAAACCUCGCACCUGCUGGUGGACGCGAUCUUCGGAUUCAGCUUCGGGGGGCCGCUGCGCGACCCGUUCCCGGAGAUCAUCAGCCAGAUGGAAGCGGCGACGAUCCCGGUGCUGAGCGUGGACGCGCCCAGCUCGUGGGACAUCGAGAGCGGACCGCCGCGGGACGGACCGGGGGCGAAGUUCAUGCCGGAGGCGUUGAUCAGUCUGACGGCGCCGAAGCCGUGCGUGAAGUUCUACCGCGGGAGGCAUUUUGUGGGCGGGAGGUUUCUGACGCGGGGGAUUGCGGAGAAGUAUGGGCUGGAUGUGCCAGAUUAUCAGGGUGUGGAUCAGGUGUUGGAGGUUGGGGUGGAUGCGGAGGGGAGGUUGUAAAUUGAGGAGGGGGAUUGUGUUUUG